AUGGUUUACAAACUUGCCAACUGCACAAUCUGUGUUUUUCUUGCUGGACUUAGCAUUGUAGGGAACAUUUUUGUUUUUUUGAAUAAUACGUACAAUGUUAGACGAGGUGCCAAAAGCAAAUCAAUACACUUUAUUAUUAUCCAUUUGGCUUUUACAAAUAUCAUAAUGAUUGUUUCCAAAGGAGUACCAAAGAUAAUACCAACUUUUGGUGUGAGAAACUUCCUGGAUGACACAGACUGCAAGAUUGUGGCUUAUGUGGAGAGGGUGGCCCGGGGCCUGUCCAUCUGCACCAGUGCUCUCCUCACAGUGGUCCAGGCUGCCACCAUCUGUCCCAGACACUCCAGGUGGAGGAGGCUCAAGCCCAGAACUGUGUGGCAUAUCCUUCUCCUACUUCUCUUCUUCUGGGUUCUCAAUUCCUUGAUCGGCAUGAACUUACUUCAUUGCAUGAAAAGCACCAGCAUGAAUAUAUCACAAUUCAGUAAGUGUGACUAUUGUCAUUUGCAACCACAAAAUCAAAAAAUAAGAUCGCUUUUUGUUACCCUCAUGGUAGUAAGGGAUGCUGUUUUUCAGAGCGUCAUGGGUGGAGCCAGUGGCUACAUGGCAUUUCUUCCCCACAAGCACCACCAGAGUGUUCUCCAUUUGCAAGGCUGCAAGCUCCUCUACAAAACUCCUCCUGAGAUCAAAGCUGUUCAAAGUGUUCUUCUUCUGAUGCUUGGUUUUCUUUUCUUUUAUUGGAUAGAUUGUGUUCUUGCCCUAUGUAUAAGUUUUGAGAAUCAUUCCAUGGUAAUAAAUAUUUGAGAAUUUCUGACCAUUGGUUAUGCAGUUCUUAGU